AUGGCUCUGGCAAAGCUACCUAAAGCUUUCGGCCUUGCUGGAAACUUUAAGAAGGGUUAUUUUCCACACUUGUUUAAUACCCUGGAAAAUCAGCAAUACGUGGGUCCUUUACCAUCUGCUGAAUUUUACGGUCCGAAUCAAAUGAAGCCCGAGGACCGACAUACGUUUUUAAACUGGCAUCAAGAGCAUCAGAAUGAUGUUUUUAAUUUCCAGGAGGAAAUCGUGGCAUAUUGCAAGUCGGACGUUGAAAUACUAAUGAGAGCCUGUCUUUCAUUUAGGUCGAUGCUUCUUAACGAGUGUAAGGUUUGUCCAUUCACCGAAGCAACAACAAUAGCAUCAGCGUGUAAUAAGGUGUUUGCACGAAACUAUCUGGAAGCCGAUACAAUCGCCGUUAUUCCCCGUGGUGGUUACCGAUUGGCUGAUAAUCAAUCGGUUAUCGCUUUACAAUGGUUGUUGUGGGAGGAGAACGUACGAGGAAUCACCAUACACCACGCCGGUACAGGUCGAGAACACCUAGUAGGAGGAGGACUCAAAGUUGACGGUUUUAACGAGGAGCAGCGUCAGGUAUUCGAGUUUCACGGUUGUUACUUCCAUGGAUGCACCAGCUGUUUCAAAUUUCACCGAGACACAUCGAUUGGAGGAGGUAAAAUGGAUACCAUGCGAAAUCGUUACGAGGCCACCACCAUUAAAACGACUCGACUUCGCAACCUGGGAUUUGAAGUCAUCGAAAUGUGGGAAUGUAACUUCCGCGCAUUAUUAAAACAGAGUUGUGAAGUGCGUGAUUUUGUCGAAAACCAUCCCGUGUUGGCAACAACACCAUUGAAUCCUCGUGACGGUUUUUAUGGAGGUCGAACCGGAAACACUGUUACAUACUACAAAUGUAACGAGGGUGAGCGCAUCAAAUACAUCGAUGUAUGUUCGUUGUACCCUUUUGUGUGCAAGUACGGCCGAUUUCCUCUAGGACACCCCACAAUUUAUGUAGGAUCUGCAGCCCGGGACAUUGAUUUAUCCACCGUAGAUGGCAUGGUGAAAUGUAAAAUUUUACCACCCGCGCAGUUGUACCACCCCGUUCUCCCUGUCAGGAUGAAGGGAAAGUUAAUGUUCGCCCUUUGCAACAGCUGUGGUGAAAGUUCACAGCAGCGUGAGUGUUGCCAUACAGAGGAAGAACGAUUGUUCACAGGGACAUGGGUAAUUGCAGAAGUCGUGAAAGCAUUGGAAAAAGGCUACAGGAUUGUGGAAGUGUUUGAAGUGUGGACCUACGAAACGCGUCAAUACAACCAUGCGGCGGGUCAGCCGGGUUUAUUCACAGAAAUGAUGAAUAAAUUCAUCAAAAUUAAACAGGAAGCCUCCGGCUGGCCCGCGGAUUGCAUAAACGAUGUGGUGAAACAACAACAAUAUCUGGUGGAUUUUGAAGAAGCUGAAAAAGUGAAGCUAACACCGGAACGCAUCGAAAAUAACCCUGGUCUUCGAUCCCUCGCCAAAUUAAUGUUGAAUUCGUUCUGGGGAAAGUUUGGACAACGUGAAAACCAACCACAAACGACCAUCGUCAACGAUCCUCAGGAAUGCUUUGAUCUCCUUGCGCAUCCGUCGAAGAAUGUCAACAGUAUAACUCCUGUGAAUGAACAAACUGUUGUAAUCAACUGGGAGUACGCCGACGAGGCUGUGGAAUCUCUGCCUACUGUGAAUGUGGUAAUUGCAGCUUUUGUUACAGCACAGGCCCGUUUGAAGUUGUACGAAUAUCUAGAGAUGUUGGAUACACGAGUUUUAUACUACGACACCGAUUCUGUUAUCUAUGUGUCAAGCAGCCAUUUUCCAGAUCCCCCGACUGGAAAAUUCAGUGGGGACAUGACCGAUGAGCUGGAGGCUUACGGUAUCGGUUCCUACAUCACGGAAUUUGUUUCGGGCGGGCCGAAAAAUUACGCAUACUCGGUGUGGUCAACGACGAAGCAGUGUAUCGGACAUGUUUGUAAGGUGAAAGGGAUCGCCUUAACAUACAGUGCUUCUCGGCUGAUUAAUUUUGAGAAAAUUAAACAAAUGGUUCUAGAAAAAACAGAUCCCAUUCAUUUGACGUCGAUGAACUUUGUGCGGACAAAAGAUCAUCGUGUAGUAACCAAAGAGGAGACAAAGACCUACAGAACGAAUUCAACGAAGAGACUCUUCAUGGAUGACAACAGUUCUCGGCCAUUCGGGUACAAGGUCCCUAGGAACUAA